AUGCCGCAACCAUUGAGCUCCAAGGACCAUGCCUUGUUCCGCCAAGUGGUUCGCAACUUCGAGCAGAAGCAAUACAAGAAAGGCAUUAAGACGGCAGACCAGGUUCUUCGGAAGAACCCCAACCAUGGUGAUACGCAGGCGAUGAAGGCUCUUAUCAUGAGCCAUCUGGGUCAGCUGGAGGAGGCCUUUGUGCUGGCUAAGGAGGCUCUGCGCAAUGACAUGAAGUCGCACAUUUGUUGGCACGUGUACGGAUUGUUAUACCGACAGGAAAAGAACUAUGAGGAGGCGAUCAAGGCCUACCGCUUCGCUCUCCGACUGGAGCCCGAGUCCCAGCCUAUCCAACGCGAUCUCGCCCUUCUUCAAAUGCAAAUGCGAGAUUUCCAGGGAUACAUCCAGAGCCGCAGUGCGAUGCUUCAGGCGCGCCCCGGCUUCCGCCAGAAUUGGACUGCUUUGGCGAUCGCUCACCAUUUGUCGGGCGAUUUGGAGGAGGCCGAGAAGGUUCUUACGACAUACGAGGAUACUCUGAAGACCACACCACCUGUCUCGGAUAUGGAACACUCGGAGGCCUGUUUGUACAAGAACACAAUCAUUGCCGAGUCAGGGAACUUGGAGAGAGCUCUCGAGCAUCUUGAAAAGGUUGGAUAUCGGUGUACCGAUGUCCUUGCUGUCAUGGAGAUGAAGGCGGACUAUCUUCUUCGACUGGGCCGUAAGUCCGAAGCGGAGGAGGCUUACACGGCUCUCCUGGAUCGUAACCCAGAGAACUCGGUCUACUACAAUGGCUUGAUCCAGGCCAAGGGUAUCUCGGAGGAUGACCACAAGGCAUUGAAGUCAUUGUACGAUGAGUGGGUAGAGAAGAACCCGCGUGGUGAUGCGGCACGCCGCAUCCCUCUGGAUUUCUUGGAGGGCGAGGACUUCAAGCAGGCUGUGGAUGCUUAUUUGCAGCGCAUGCUCAAGAAGGGUGUUCCUUCUUUGUUCGCGAACAUCAAGAUCCUAUACACAAACCCUGCCAAGCGGGACGUAGUCCAGGACUUGGUUGAAGGAUACGUCUCUGGCAAGUCGGCCUCGCAGCAGAACGGAUCAGCUGAGAGCAAGGACGAGUUCCUGGCUUCAUCCUACUAUUUCCUUGCUCAGCAUUACAACUACCACCUCAGCCGUGACCUCACCAAGGCCAUGGACAAUGUGGAUAAGGCUAUCGAAAUGUCGCCCAAGGCUGUGGAAUACCAGAUGACCAAGGCCCGUAUCUGGAAGCACCACGGUAACACUGUGAAGGCGGCGGAAGAGAUGGAGAAGGCGCGUUUGCUGGAUGAGAAGGAUCGGUACAUCAACUCCAAGGCUGCCAAGUACCAGCUCCGCAACAACCAGAACGACAAGGCUCUGGAUAACAUGAGCAAGUUCACCCGCAACGAGACUACUGGCGGUGCGAUGGGUGACCUACACGAGAUGCAGUGCACAUGGUAUUUGACGGAGGAUGGUGAGGCAUAUCUGCGACAGAAGAAGUUGGCCCUCGCUCUUAAGCGCUUCCACGGCGUCUACAACAUUUUCGACACCUGGCAAGAGGACCAGUUCGACUUCCACAGCUUCUCCCUUAGGAAGGGUAUGAUUCGUGCGUACGUUGAUAUGGUUCGUUGGGAAGACCGCCUGCGCGAGCACCCCUUCUACACCAGGAUGGCCGUCUCUGCCGUCAAGGCCUACGUGCUCCUCCACGACGAGCCGGAUCUGGCUCACGGUCCGACAGGCCUUGGGGCCAAUGGCGAGGUUCAGGAUGAAGCUGAGCGCAAGAAGGCCCUGAAGAAGGCCAAGAAGGAGCAACAGCGCCUGGAGAAGAUCGAGGCCGACAAGCGAGAAGCCCGAAAGGCGGCUGCUGCUAACGCCAAGAGCUCCGAUGGCGAGGUCAAGAAGGAGGAUACCGACCCUCUUGGUAACACUCUGGUCCAGACUAAGGACCCCCUGAACGAUGCGAUGAAGUUUUUGACCCCGCUGCUCUCCCUCAACCCACAAAAGAUUGAGGCUCAGUGCCUUGGCUUCGACGUCUAUGUCAGGAGAAACAAGCACCUACUGGCCCUCAAGUGCCUGUCGGCCGCAUAUGCCAUCGACCCCUCCAACCCUACCCUUCAUCUCCAGCUCCUUCAAUUCCGCAAGAACCUUGACGGCCUUUCCGAGCCCCUUCCCGCUCCAAUUGGCGACGUCGUCAACGCCGAAUUCGAGAAGAUGCUUCCAAAGACUCAGAAGCUCGAUGAGUGGAACGAGUCUUUCCUCGCCGCUAACAAGGAAAGCAUCGCUCACGUGCACGCCGCCCUCUCUGGCCGUCACCUUCUAAACCCCGACUCGAAGGCCCAGUGUGAGGCUGACCUUCUGGCCACUCUCGACUCGGCCAAGAUCACUAUUGAAGAAGCCGCUGCUGCUAUCGAUUUGCUGAACAAGUGGGGCAGCGAGAUCUCUGCCUACGUCCAGAAGGCAAACAAGAAGUGGCCGGAGUCUUUUGUGUUCCAGCAGAACUAG